CAGUGCACGCGGCGCGGUCGAUCGUCGCGGAUGGGGAGGUUGUGUCUACGAUAUUCUUUCCUUCGCCGCUGCGUCACAUCCUCGUACUCAGCUGGGACCUUCGGCUGGGCCUUCGUGACGGGAAAGAGUGAUCGGACGUCGAGCAGCACCUUGGCUUCCCGACGGCAUUGCUGAGAUCCGUGUACGAAGAUGGUGGACAAUUCGUCAUACACUAUGGUGACCAGACGCCCCCCGCUGCCUUCGAGAAGCCCCAUCAGCCCGGCAGACCACCACAACAACAACUUCCUGGCGGAGGUGACCACCAACACCACCAACACGACCCCCGUCACCAGCCUGCCCUCCCUGACCCACCCUCUCCUGACGCGGAACGACGCCGGCCACAGGAUCAGCCUGGGUCCGCUCCUCCCGCGCUCCUCGCCCGCCACCGCUUCCUCCCGAAGCUUCCAGGACAACGCGGGCGCCUCCAGCCCUCGCGCCACACAUGCCGUCAUUGGCAACCUGAGUGGCAGCGUCCUCGGCCAGCAGCAGAUGGGGGGCAACGCGAUGCCUUUGCCGCCCGGGAGCCGCGAGUGGGAGGAGGAGCUCGGGCGCGGCGCCGCCGGAUCGACCCUCGCCAAGUCGGCCACGCAGCCCAGCCUCUGCCCCGCCGGCCGCCCGUCGCCCUCGCCGGCCUCGCCCACGUGCCAGAGCGAGGACGCGUUCAGCUGGGUCGGCGGCGGCGGCGGCGGCGGCAACCCGGGUCUGUCCGUCCCCGGCUGCGACAGCGCGGACGACCUUCACGGGGAGGCCAGCGAGUACACGGAUGCCAAGUCGUCGCUGUCGGCGCCGGUCGAGCUGCUGUCCGAGUUCCUCUCGGCUGUAAUGUCAAAGGAUUACGAAAAUGCCUUAAAACUGUGCCAGUCCAUUCUGAAAUACGAACCUCAAAAUGCCACAGCUCGCGAGUUCUUCCCUCUCAUCAGUCUAAAAAUUAAGCAAAUGUCGGAUGCAGCAAAUCUGGAAUGUCAUAGUUCAACUGACGAAGGUCAUGAGAGUGAUGAAGACACCAUGGACUCGUAUUCCAGCCUGGAGGACGAGAUCGACGACGAGCAGGACCUUGCCUGCCCCGACCCGACCCUAGCCCAGCAGAAGCCCCUCCUUCAGGGCAACGCCGCCCUCCCGACGCCCAGAGCCCGGACCACGGAAGACACCAUCAUCAGAAUGUCCACGCCCGUGCAGUCGAGUCCGGAGUCGGCCAUGUCGGGGUCGAACAGCCUGGACUUCAGCUACGGGAUCGACUCCGCGGAUUCGCUCUUCUCCUCCACCGAGUCCGGUCUUACUCUCGAGUCGGUGGUUAACGCCACUCGGGGUAUCGACUUAGGGGAUUCGUAAUUGGAUUUUUUAAAAUAAUAAUAAUUAUCAUCAUCAUUAUUAUUUAUUAUUAUUAUUAUUAUUAUUUUUUUUUUUUUUUUUUUUUUUUUUUUUUUUUUUUUUUUUGCAUGGUGGGAAGUAUUAGCAUGUAAACUUUACACUCCGGAAGUACAGUCCUUAGCGCGUAUGACAUCCGCCGUUUAUAUUCAUGACGGUACGGAAUUAUUGAAUGUUCGGGAGAGAUUUCUGAGAAAAACGUUCAUUCAUUUUAAAGAGUUCAAGUGGAAUGAACACUUGAUCGUGAUACAAAUUCAGUAUUAUGCUGUUUUGGAAGGCAAAUAGUAUAAUAAGUAUAUUAAGGAAAUGAGUGACGUUUUGGCGAAUUGGUAAAGGACCAGAUUUUUUUUAUCUUUUAUAUAAGAACAUUAGUUGAGUUUCAUUAAUCAGUGAUUUAAUUUUCUUAAUUUCGUUACGGUAUGUGACUUAAUACUGUAUUAUAAAUCUUAUUCAUUUAAGGGUGAAAAAAAUAUAUAGAGUGAAAUACUGGCGAGCGAACCGGGAAUAUUACAGUAUGUAAAUUUACAUGGCUUGAUUGCGUGAUUGCUGUUAAUUUGGCCGCGUCGUUAAAGAAAAAUGCAAAGGGAGUCCGUGCAGCUAGCAAAGCCUUAUCAUUUGAAUCUCCUCCGCUCAGUUAGUUGUGGCAUUCCUGACUAUGUCCACGCAAUACAAAACUUUUUUAUUUUAUUUUAUUAACUCUACUUUGAUUAUGCUUUAGUUCUCUCUGUCUUAGCUCUAAAAAAAAUCUAUACAUGCUUUUUAUUCAAGCUACGCAGAUAAUCAUGAAAUAAGAUAGUUACAUUACCGUGAUUAAAAUGCUCUUUAAUCAGCAUAGCAGGACACUGAUUCCCAAACGAUUCCGAGUUCAAAAGAAACGGGCGUCAGUCAGUGUAAUUCGCAUGAACACAAUUAAUGCAUUUGACAGGAAGUCCGGAUGCACGCUUAUGCAAUACAGUUCGACCGUGUUCAUAUACUUAGCCUAUGAAGAGAUUACUUGCUAGACAUUUUCUUCAACAGAGCCACAUUUGCUUGUCAACUUCGUACGUUUUACUCUUACUGUGUGUGGAAACCUAAUCCCCGAGUCUCGCUCCGUAAAUAAACUGUCCCCACAGAAAAUAUUCCGAUACCUGUUACUCACCAUAUUCCUCUUAACAGAAACCUACAUAGUGUAAUGUUUCAAAGUACUUUCUGAUGUUAAAUGUGUGUGAAUUUGUCACUCUUGCCCUCUCAAAAAACACAAAGGAAUUCCGACUCGUUUCACAGGAGGUGAAAACUGAAUAAUAAUUGUGCCAAUAGUUUAAUAAAGCAUUCAGUGAUCAUACACACGUACAAAUACCAUUAAUCUUUCCUCAUUACCUUCUGCCUUAAAAGUGUAUUCAUACAUGUAUUCCAAGUGUGAUAACUUAUAACUUUAGUUCCACUGAUUACAUACUCUAACAGCAAGCGUUGUAUGGUAGAAUUUACUUCUAGUUCCACUGAUUACAUACUCUAACAGCAAGCGUUGUAUGGUAGAAUCUACUGCUGUAUAGAUGCAAGUCUGCUGCCCGCCCCUUGAUUUUUACCUAAAGUGGAAUUAAAUCUUGCCUGUCACUAUGCAGCUGUCUAGUUCUAGUAUUGACUAGAAAGGAACUGUUUAGAUUUGUGUACAAUUCGAAUGCUGUAUGUCUAAGGUGAUAUUUAUACAAAAAGUAAGAUUACCAGUAUCUUAACUUCUUUUUAUAUAGUUUUAGUACACAUAUCAUAAAUCCAGAUCUACAUUAACGAAAUUUUUAUGGUUUAUAUUCUCUAUACAUUCUUAUUAAAUGAUAUCUAAACAA